AUGGCCACAUCAAAACCAAACGAAAGUUGGUCACAAAUUUUACUUGACAAAGUUGUCUUUAUAACUGGUGCUGGCGGUGGAAUUGGUUCUGCUAUAUCUCACACAUGUGCGUUACAGGGUGCUAAAGUAGUAGUAUCUGAUGUCGAUAAGGCAGCUGCUGAUAAAGUAGUCGCAGACAUUAUUGCAACACGAAAUCAAGAAUCAGAUCGAAUCAUGAGCAUAGAACUUGACACAGUCGAUGAACAAGCAAUCGAACAAGCAGUAGCAUUAGUAGCCGAGAAAUGGGGUACUAUUCAUGUACUUGUUAAUGCAGCAGCCAAUUUUACUGUGGGUUCUAUUGAAGAUAUUUCAGCUGAUGCUUGGUCUCAUGUUUUCAAUGUAAAUGUUCGUGGUUAUGCACUGAUGAUUAAACAUAUUGUACCUCUACUAAAAAAACAACGUUCAGGUUCCAUUAUUCAGUUUGGCAGUAUAAGUGGUGUAGUAGCUCAACCGAAUUUUGUUCCAUACAAUACUACAAAAGGCGCGGUGUUACAAUUAACACGAAAUUUAGCUCUCGAUUUAGGUUCUUAUAAUAUCCGAUGCAAUUCUGUUUCUCCUGGUUGUAUUGAGACAGCACCAAUUUACAGACUUGCUGAAUCUUUAAAUUUAUCAAUCGAGGAAUUGGCUCAAACUCAUGCGGAGAAACAAUGCCUGAAACGAAUUGGUACACCACAAGAAAUAGCAAAUCUGGUUGUUUUUCUUGCUUCGGAUUUAUGUCCAUUCAUAACUGGUGCAAACUUAUUAGCAGACGGAGGAUAUACAGCUAUUUAA